AUGGACCUCAUCAAAAUUUCACAAGCCGUCAAAGACGUUCUUUCCUUGUUGAACAUCGACGUGACUCGUCUCUCUGCGUUUGACGAUACACCAACCCUCGAGCCUUUUGCGUUGGAAUGCAUCGCUGAAGCUUACAAACGAGGCUACUUGUCUCGCGAUAAACUCUCGUCGACUCUUCAAGAAAGUCAUAUCAGAAUCGGUGCAGCCGUUGGCCACUAUGUUUGGCUGCGUCCUGCGGUUGUGCCACACAAAGUCGCGAUUUUGGGCUCGUUGCUCAUGGGUCAAUAUUAUUGUGUCGACGACUGCUGUUUUUCCUCUCAGAGUCUCGUCGAAUAUGGGGCUCGUCUAGUCGCUGGUCGCUCACAGCUCGACAAGGGACUCGAUCAUAUCACCGAGGUCAAUUGUGAGCUGGCAGACAUGUAUCCUGCCGUCGUUGGAGAUAUGUUGCGUAUGUCGCAUCAGGCAUAUAUGACAGGCAACUACCUGGAGGGCCAGAUGGCUAGCGAGAAAGGGUUGAGAUGGACAGUCCAAAAGGAUACCCCUCUUUUCCCAACCAUCAUGAAGACUAUGACUUCAGUGGCCACCUCUCUUUAUUUGCUUUCAUUUCCCCCGGACCUCCAUUUCACAAGCUAUCUCCAAACUAUUCCAGAUGGCAUCAUUGUCCACAUCAACACCGCGGAUAUAAUGUCUUACUACAAAGAAGCCAUUGACCAAGAGUUCAACCGCGUGGAACAGAUCGCUCAAUUGCACCACAUCACAGGAUCCGAAAUGUUGGAAUCGCUCGUGACUUCCACGACAGUGAGUCACUCGCGGGUUUUACGAUCUCUUCUGGAGGCCGAUCCUUCUGGGAGACUGGCUUCUUGUCAUGAGAAGGCUAUCCAAGGCUUUGUUACUUUCCAAGCUUUGCAUCACCGGUACAAGCUCCGUAAGCUGGGCGUUAUACCUGUUGCCUGA